CAAACCAAGUGUCAAUGGCCCAUUAUAAUUUUGUGUUGUUUGUUUAUUUUGACUUUAAUUUGUGUUAAAAUAACAGAAGAAAAUAAUGGAAAGCAGUAAAACUAAUGCGAGCUACGGACAAUGCCGUUGUUGCUUAGCGAAAGGCCACCACAGAGAUAUAAUGAAGGAAUAUUACAUCAACGGGAUACGCGAAGUAUAUUUCGAUAUUUUUAUGGAAACCUUUAAUUUAUUUUUAUCUACAAACUCACUGCUAUCUACAUUGAUAUGCUCAACAUGCAUACAGCGAGUGCGGGACGCAACCAGCUUCCGUAUGAUGGUGGCUAGCACGGAGAGACAGCUGCUGCAAGCCAUUGCUGCUGAUGAUAAGGAUACUGUGUUUGUUAAUGUGCCAGUAGAAGACAGUCUAGAGAGCACUUUGGAUGUUAAACUAGAGCAGACAGCCGACGUGAAGGAGGAAGCUGAGGCAGAUGUUGACGUGGAGGAAUAUGAGUCUGACUUCGCGCUUAGUGAUUACGUAUCAGACACUACAGAUAACUUGGUAGAGCGCGAGGCGGCUCUGCUCGGCAGGUUUGCGCGUGCGCCGCCGCCGCCGCUUCCGACAAGACAACAACUGCCGGAAAUAUGUCCCGAAUACUGUCGACAGCUUGAUAUGUUGCAGAAUAUAAAAGUAUUCCCAAAAACGAUACUUAAACUGAUAGAAGACCACGAAACCCGUCGCGUAUCCAGCAGUCACCGUCGUUCCGUCAUAUCAGAGAAACUGGCUCACAUUGUCAACGUAGGAACGAUUCUAGAAUGUUCGAACGCUACUCCGUUCAAAAGCAAGUCUCGUACCGGCUUCCCUUGUUUUUACUGCAGAAAUAUCUUCGAGAACAUUGAAAAACUUCGCGAACACACAAAUGCACACAAAAAAACAGAAAUAAAAAAUGUUUUAAAAAAUUACGGCGCUGAAUGCCUGGUUGUCUAUGUCGAUAUUACAGAUUUAGCAUGUACUCUAUGUGAUAAAAAAAUACAGAAUUUAAACGAAUUAAAAUCUCAUUUAACUAAUGUACAUAAAAAGGCUAUGUAUUUAGAGUUUACAGAUAGAGUCAUUCCUUUCAAGUUGUCUCAAAGUGGAGUGCACGAGUGUCAAAUUUGUGGUUUUAAUUUCGAAACUUUUGGCUCUAUAGAACGGCAUAUGAAUGUACAUUUUAGGAACUAUGUUUGCAAAGAGUGUGGGUCAGGAUUUGUAACGAAAUACAGACUUAAAGUACACACAAAAAGUAUGCAUAUUGGUGGUAAUUUUCCUUGUGAAGUUUGUGGAAAAAUUUUCACGACGCGACAGAAACAUAAGAACCAUGUGAACACAGUCCAUAAGCUAAUGAAAAGGUUCAAAUGUACGAAAUGUCCGGAGCGUUUCGCGGAGUACUUUAGGCGGCAAAAACAUUUGGCCCAAGUGCACGGAGUUGCUCCUUUAAGGUACAAAUGUAAUGUUUGCGAUAGAAGUUUCGAUCGCAGGUAUACGUUGUCUAGACAUAUGAAGCGAGACCAUUUAGAAGAGAGAGAUUUUCAAUGUGAAAUGUGUUCUUAUAAAUGUUUUACUAACAACGAAUUGAGAGUUCAUAUGGUUAAACAUAAUGGUGAGAGAAUAUAUGAAUGUUCUGUUUGUAAAAAGUCUUAUGCGCGGAAGAAAACUUUGAAGGAACAUUUGAGGAUUCAUAACAAUGAUCGUAGGUUCGCGUGCGCGGUUUGUGGACAGGCGUUUGUACAGAAAUGUAGCUUGAAAGGACAUUUGAAGACUCAUCAUCUAGAAUUUAGUAUACAAUAAAUCAUUUGAGAUA